AUGACCGACAUAUCCUGGCUCAACCGCGACGCCAUCAUAGCCAUCCCCGCUCCCCGCUACUCGGCCGAGCUGGAUGCAGACGGCAAGCCCAUCUACUCUUUUUCCUCUGGUGUAGCCUCUACUGCUGCUGCUGCUGCCAACAACGAGAACAAAAACCCUAACCUCCUCGCCGCUCCCCGCGCCCGCAAAGCUGCUCGCGCCGACACCAUCUCCGACGCCGCUGCUUCUCCCAAGAAGAAGAAGCCCAACAUCGCCGGCACCAAGAAGAAGACCGUCAGCCCAAACAAAACCCCGCGUCCGAUCUUCUUUCAAGGCUACAUCCCAAUUUUCGCCUCCCAAUCCCAGCCCGUCUCCCAAUCCCAGCCCGUCUCCCAAUCCCAGCCCGUCUCCCAAUCCCAGCCCGUCUCCCAGUCCCAGUCCCACGGUCGCGGUCGUCCGCCGAAGCACGUCCGCGAACGUAAUAAGGAAAAGGAUGAGGUGUUGGCGGAGAAGCAGUGCGAGUUCAUGUUUGCUGCAAACUGGAAGAAUUGUUUGGGAUAUGGACUAGGAGUGGAGUCUGAUGAUGACGGAAAGGAGGAGGAGGAGGAGGAGGAGGAGGAGGAGGAGGAGGCAGUGAAAAGGGCAGAGAAAGAGAGGAGCAUGACGGAGAGGGAGGCGAGGGAGAGGGAGAGGAAAAUGCUGGACAUGGAGGCGAGUGUUAGGAGGUUUCAGGAGAGGUUUUGGUAUUAG